GGCCCCGCGCGGCGUCCCGGCGGGGGAGGCCGGAGCUCUCGGUGCGCGGCCGGCGGGCGGAGCCGCAGGUGAGCCGGGAUGCGCGCGCGCGCCCCGCCGGCGCUGCGGCUGCUGCUGCUGCUGGGCCCCCUGGGUCCCCUGUGCGCCCCGGGCGCCCCGGCGGGACCCGCGCAGGCUGAGGACGUGGCGGAGCUGCUCUUCUCCACCGCACGGCCGCUGCACCUGCUGAGUCCCGCGUUCCUGUCCUUCACCAUCGACGCCAACCUGGCCACCGACCCGCGGUUCCUCGCCUUCCUGGGUUCUCCGAAGCUUCGUACUUUGGCCAGAGGUUUGUCUCCUGCAUAUUUGAGAUUUGGUGGCACCAAAACAGACUUUCUUAUUUUUGAUCCUAAGAAAGAACCAACCUUCGAAGAGAGAAGUUACUGGGAAUCCCAAGUCAACCAGGAUAUUUGUAAAUCUGGAUCCCUCCCUUAUGAGGUGGAGAAAAGGCUUCAGUUGGAAUGGCUCUUCCAGGAGCAGUGGCUGCUCAGAGAACAGUAUCGGAAAGAGUUCAAGAACAGCACGUACUCAAGGAGCUCAGUGGACAUGUUGUAUGCUUUUGCAAAUUGCUCAGGACUGAACUUGAUUUUUGGGCUGAAUGCUUUAUUGAGGAAUGCAGAUAUGCACUGGAACAGCUCAAAUGCUAAACUGCUUCUAGACUAUUGCUCAUCCAAGAGAUACAACAUUUCCUGGGAAUUGGGCAAUGAACCUAACAGUUUCUGGAAAAAGUCUGGUAUUUUCAUCGAUGGAUUACAGUUAGGAGAAGAUUUUAUUGAGUUGCAUAAACUUCUAGGGAAGUCCACUUUCAAAAAUGCAAAACUUUAUGGUCCUGACGUUGGUCAGCCUCGGGGAAAGACAGUUAAGUUGCUAAGGAGUUUCCUGAAGGCUGGUGGAGAAGUGAUUGAUUCAGUCACGUGGCAUCACUACUAUUUGAAUGGACGCAUUGCUACCAAAGAAGAUUUUUUAAACCCUGAUGUGCUGGACACUUUUAUUUUAUCUGUGCAAAAAAUUUUCCAGGUGGUUGAGGAGACCAGACCCGGCAAGAAGGUCUGGUUAGGAGAAACGAGCUCAGCCUAUGGGGGUGGAGCGCCCUUGCUGUCCAACACCUAUGCAGCUGGCUUCAUGUGGCUGGAUAAAUUGGGCCUGUCGGGCCGAAUGGGCAUCGAGGUGGUGAUGAGACAGGUGCUCUUUGGAGCUGGAAACUACCAUUUAGUGGAUGAAAACUUCGAACCUCUCCCUGAUUACUGGCUGUCUCUUUUGUUCAAGCAACUAGUAGGCUCCAAGGUAUUCAUGGCAAGUGUGAAAGGUACGGACAAGAGCAAACUACGAGUGUACCUUCACUGCACAAAUACCAACCACCCAAGGUAUCAAGAAGGAGAUUUAACUCUCUAUGCCCUGAAUCUCUACAAUGUCACCAAGCGCUUGCGGCUACCAGAUCAGUUAUUUAACAAACAAGUGGAUAAGUAUCUUGUCAAACCUUCAGGACCUGACGGACUGCUUUCCAAAUCUGUCCAGCUCAACGGUCAAACUCUGAAGAUGGUGGAUGAUCAAACCCUCCCAACUUUGACAGAAAAACCUCUCCGUCCAGGAAGUUCACUCGGCUUACCAGCUUUCUCUUAUGGGUUUUUUGUGAUAAAAAAUGCCAAGGUGACUGCUUGUGUAUGAAGUCCUGCAUUAGCCCCAACAUUAAAUGUUUCAAGUAUCUUGUAAAGAGAAAAACAAAAUUAAGCUAUAGGAAAGCAAGUAGAUUUGGCACAAAUCAACUAGCAGGAGCUUUAGAGACACUGCAACAGUCAGUGCAGAGUUAGCAUGGUAUUUUGAUCUCUGAAAUAAACACUGCUAAUAAUGACCAUAAAUAAUA